UGUAGGGGACUAUGUAUUGCCAUGCAAUAUUCUCAGAAUGCUUGUUGUUUUCUGAACAUGCUGAAGGAAAAUACUUUUCAAUGCAAAAAAAAAACAAACAGAAUCCAUCAAAAAUACUUUGAUUUAUUGGCCUAUUUCAAUAUAUUUCUAUAUACAUGAUAUACAUGCUCUUUGGACUAUUAGUUGGAAAAGAUUUUGGUGCAUACUGUAUAUGUAAGUCAUUUAUGUAGUUAGUAAUUGAAUAAUUUAUUUUAUAUUUUAGGAUGGCAUCAAAUAAUGAGGGAAAGCUAUGUCCCCCAUUUUGUUAUGUUGAUUGCAAAACAAAACAUCAUCCUAUAAUAGUAGAAAUGGUUAAUGUAAAAAGAACUGAUACAGAUUUUUCUGAACUCGAUAAGUUGAUUAAAACAUUCGACACUUGUGAGGAGAAUGGAGGAUGGGAUGUGAGUGCAGAUAUUCCUGAUCCUAAUCUAGAGUAUAGACUUACCAUGCUCCAUUGGGCUGCUGCGCUUGGUAAAGUUGAAUUAGUUAAAUGGCUGCUUAGAAACAAAAUGUGUCUACCAAAAUAUUCUGGAGAUGGUCAUACAGUUCUUCAUAAAAUGAUAGAGUUAUUACAGGAAAACAAAGAUAUAGCAUUUCAUGAGAUAGGAAAUAUAAUCAAUGAACUCCUUGCUAUCUUUUGGAAAGAUAGUCUAACUGUCAAAAAUAAGGAUGGAAAUAUGCCGUUACAUAUGUGUUGUCUCCCUUUACAAGAUAACAUUAGCAAAAGUAAACAGGCUUAUUAUAUUUCAUGGAUUUACAGUAUAAUCACCAGGUUUAAAAAAUCAUACCGGUAUAAAGGAGAUUACCCUAAAUUGAGUUACAUUGUGAACUCAGUGAAUGACAAUGGUGAUACUCCUGUACAUAUAUUGGCCAGAUUCUCCAAGAACUACAAUACUAUUCAAUUCAUGUUGGAACCUGUACAUUUUGAUUUUGGGCUUAAAAAUAAUGAGGGGAUGACUGCAUUAGAUGUUGCCUUCAGCUGUGGUAAUGAAAAAAUCUCCACAAUGUUGAUAAAGAUUGGUAAAGAGUCAAUGGAAUACAGCAACCUAAAGAAAGGAACAGAACAACCUGUUUGUCAAAACACUCGUUUUUCACAGCAACAGACAGAACUGAUACGAAAAAUUACCAGAACAAAAUCAACCUCUGGAAAUGACAGAACUCUAUCUUCUACAGCAGACCAUGAUAUGAAAAUCUCUCCUAAUCAUAAACCAAAUGAAGGAUGUUUAAAAAUACCAUCUUCACCAUGCUCAUCUUCACAUGUAUAUACAAAAACUUCCCCAGAGUCCAAAAAAGGUUUGAUUAAACCAAAACAAAUGAAAGUCUCAUUGUCUCCCAGUGCAAGUCAUGAAAAAAAGGAAGAUUUUCAAAUUAAAAUCUCAUCUAGAUCAGAAAACAUUUCAUCAACUUCGUUGAGUGCUAACAAACAAGAAAGGUCUGAUUGUAGAAUAAAAUCCUCUCCCAAAUCAGAAGACCUGAAUAAUGAAUUGACAAGAGUGACAUCAACUUCAAAUGCUAUCAACAAUGCAGAUUCUGUCACACAGAUGAAAAAUUCAACACCAGCUCAUGUCUGUAACAUUAAACGGUAUGAAGAUUGGGUUGGACCGUCACCAGUAGACAUGAGCAAGGGAAAUGACGCUCUUAUUUUACAGGAUAUAAAUGUAUCGGAGAAAUCAGAUAGUAACUAUGGUAACAAUUUGUGUUUACCUUUAGAUUCCAAUAAUCAAAUCACUGGAAAAGUGCCAGAGCCUGCACAAAAGAAGAAGCAGAAAGUAUAUUAUGCUAUUAAAGGGAAUCAAAUUCAUAUUACUGACAGUUUAGGUAGUCCGUCAGAUAGUUUUGUUGAUAGUUUAUCUGUCGCACCAGGUUAUGUUCCGAAAAAUGUUCCUAUUGUUCUGAGAGGAAAAAAUGCAAGAAUGAAAAGAGUGGCUAGUUUUCCUUUAUCAGGGACAAUUCAUCAAGGAAUUCAUCAACUAAAGCACAAAAAUAUAGUGUCACAUGUUAAAAAAAUUAGUACAGAAAAUAACCAGUCAUCUUGUACUGAUAAUGAUGAUAAUAUUACACAAAGUAAAAAUUCAAUUCAAUCAUCUGAUUUUGGAAAAGGAGUUCCUUGGUCCAGACAGACAUUUUGUGUUAUUCCUGCAUCAAAAGCUUCCGAUUUUUUGGCCUCUAAAGGUUUGCUUCUAAAACAGUCAAUACCAUCCACAGUAAAAACAUGGAAAUCAAGUGAAUGUCAGGAAGAUAAGAUCAUGUCGGUCAAUAAAAUUCCUAAAGAAAAUGUAAAAAAAUCCAUCAACAGUGAAUCUCAUUCAAAGACUUUACCAAAGCCAAAUACAACUAUGAGUACGAUCGUGGACAAAUUCUUAAAUACUAGAUAUUCAGAUGAGUCAAAUUCACAGCAUGUUUCAGACAUGACAGUAUCACAAACAUCUCCCCAAAUUACAGUAGUAUCUAGUACAUCAAAUGGUUGCAAAAGGAAAGACAUAACUUCGGUCUCAUCAAGCUGUAAUGACAAAGACCAUCCAAUCAAGUACAUAAAGAUAGAGGAUGAUGAUUCAGUGGAGAUGGAGGUUUCAUUGGCUGAUCAGAGGGCACUAUCAAAUACAAGCCCAUUUCAAAGUCUAUCAAGUCAGUCUUCUACCUGUAGUAUAGAUUCUGAUCAUGGGAACGGAAAAGGAAUAAUGUCCUAUCUGUCUAUGUGUAGUGAAAACACCAAACAUGAUUUUCUAGAAACGCUGUACAAGGACAGGGAUAGAUAUAUGGACGAGAAAGACAAUCUUGAAAAACAGUACAAAGAAGUUUGUGUGAAAUGUGAGUCCAACAUGGAAACAGUUGCAAGCAGAAAUUCUAUAUUAAAAUACCACCUAGAUAAAGUGAAGCAGCUCCAAACAGAAAUUCACGAAUUAACUGACCAGACUAUGGAAAUGUCAGAGGUCAAGAAUAAACUGGCAGAAUCUAAACUUAAAGUUGAAAAGAAAUUAGAAACUUGUGAGAAUGCCAUUAGUGAUUUCAAAUCCAUGCCAUGAUGGUAUCAAUCAUCAAUCAAUGUGAGAAUGUCAUUAGUGAUGUAUCAAAUCCAUGAUACUUAGAUCAAUGCUAUUGUACAUGUUUGAUUUCAUUGAAAAAAAUCAUCAUAUAAAUAGUUAUUAUGUUAUAAAUAAUUUGUUAAAUUUUCAAUUCAAUAUGUUAUUUUUGCAUGUUUUACUAUAAAGCAGUUUGUCAUUUUUAAGGUAGUAUGGAGUCCUGCACCAUUAUUGAUGGAUAAAUAGCAGAAAACAAUAAGAUUACCAGAUGUUUUAUGAAAUAAGCAAAUGUUGAUACUGGAGUGCAAUUCCUUUGGAAGACUUAUCAUUUAGAUAAAAAAAAUUAUGUGAUUUCUGACACAAAAUUCCUACAUUGGUUUGUAAAAGGACAAUGCUUUUAUUGUCCUGCCUGUAUCAAAAGACAAGAUGGUAUCCAUAGGGAUCCUACAUUCAUCAUCUGCCUCGUUGGAUUUAUCAACAUUCAGAUUCAGUCUGUGUCUAAAAAUUUUAAAGACAUCAAUAACUUUGUUAAACUUUUAUUGAAUGUUACAUAACUUGGACAGAAGCUUUUUCAUGAUCAAGAAAUAAUAUCUCAAGAUAAAAAAAUUAUUUUUAAAAAAAUUUCUGUAUUUUACUGAAGUUAGGACUUAGUUUUUGGCAGUCAACAUAACACUUUUACACUGACAGUGACAUUUUCAGGCCAGACACAGGGCUCUAUGAAACUCUUUUCAAAUUCUAUUAUUUAUAGUGUAUAUUGUUAGUUAUUGAAUAAAUUUGCUAUUAUUUAUGACAAUCUGAUUAAAAUCAGCUGGUGUUUUUUUGGCUCUGAUUAAUUCAAACUAUGCCAUUUGAGACAAACAUAGUACUGAUUUUAAUGAGAUUGUUAUUAUGGUUUACUUUGAAAAUAGGAACUAUUUUUUGCAAACUUUUAGUUGGGUCAAUGGACUACCUGGUGCAAGGUUAAAUUUUUGUCCCUAUACCAUAUACUUUCUUUAUCCAGUUGUAGUCCAAAUUUCAAAACCUUCAUAUUGCUCUACCCUCUUUGUAGAAUAUUAUUAUUUUAUUAAUGGUUCCAUUUGUUUCAUUUUGGAACAAUUGGAACCAUGAAUCCCAACUUUUUGUUCAGACAAAUUGAUUUAUAGACUUUAGGGUGUUGAAGUUUGAAUUUUAAUUGUUGGUGUCUAGCAAGGAGUGAGAGAUGUUUUGAAAAAUGUCCCUAAGUCUUCAGCAAAAACAAUAUACACGGUGUGACUGUAAUGAAUAGAGGAAAAUAUAAGGAAUAAAUGAAUUGUCACUUGGUUUCGAACAUGUAAAGGACAAGGUUCACUUUAGGCCAAAUAUGGCCUUGAAUUUUAACUUUUUCAUAGAAUUUCAAAAUGGCCAUAAUUUGGUUCUUAAACGGAUCUAUUUCAAAAGCCUUACUACUAGGUUCAACAAAUCUCUUCAUUAGAGUACAUUCUAGGCUUCAAAGUCAGCACAUUUUGGAUAUACUGUAAUAUAAAAAAAAAAAAGAUUUUGUGCAUUUUUCUGACCUAAUAGCUUCCGGAAACACUUGGCCGCAACCUAGGAUCCAAAAUGUACUGUAGCCAAAAGUUGCUAGUGAUGAUAUUGAAACCCUAGACAUAAAACCUUAUGGAUCAGUGGUGGCGGCCAAAGUAAAUUAUGUUAAAAACUGUUAAGAAUUAUUGAAAAUUUGACCAAAAUUUACCUUACAACACAAAUAAUGCAUACUUGAGGGGUCAUUUCUUCGAUAUUUUUAAUGUGAUGUUCCAAAAAGAAGUUAAUUUGUACGCAUAGUUAUAUCAUAACUAAUUCUUUGUAAAAUUUGUAGUAUUAAAAUCUUGGGGCCAAUUUUAACCCUUCGUGAACUUACUCCUGUGAUAUAAUAAUUUUAUAUCUUCAUACCAUUACAGCCAAAAGGCAAUGUAAAGGUAAUGUCAUUUAGAGGCAACAUCACAAGUUGACAAGAAAAGGACAUCUAGAGGUCACUAUACAGUCAAUGUUACAUACAAAACAAAUAUAGACUUAAUUACGGUAUUAGGAAACAAAGCAGAAACUUGAAAACAAUAUUUUUUUGUCCCAUCUACUAAAGUGAGUAGUUAUUAUGUUUUCUCGUCUGUAUGUCUGUCUAUUCAUCUAUCAUGUAGUUUACAAUGAAGUUGUGGUAAAAUCAACUUGAAACUUGGGAUACAUGUUCAUUCUGAUGUUAACUUUUAAAGUGAUAUGCCUUAUAAGGGUUUUGACCCUGAUUUUUAGUUCACUGAACAUAGAAAUAUAUUGCUAGCAGGGUUGGUGACCUAUGGACACAGAUUCUUCUUUUCAAAAUUCUUAAUAUUUAAAAAGACUUGUCCUUUUCCUUACAUGUCAAAAACUAUAGUCAGCUGAUGAAUGAAAUAUGACUUUAUUGUUGAAGACUACAUAUAAGUUAACUUCUGGAUAUCUUUUGUUAUGUAGAGGUAUUGUCUCAUUGAUGGUAUCCCUGACUAUAUUUAUAUAUAGAUGUAUAUAUACCACAUACAUAUUGUUAUUGUUUGUUAUUUAAGGCUAUUUUGGUGCAUCAUGUUUAAUAAUGUCUGAAUAGUGCUUCUAUGCUUGUUGCAGAAUCUUCGAAUUCUACUAUAUUUGUGAAUCCAAUCUUCUUUACAGAUAUUAGAAUCAGAAUAAUUAAUUACUUGAUUGUAUAGACAAUUAUCUUUUUAGAAGUUUAUUCUGAUAUCAGUGAGUAGUGCAUGGUACUUUUUGAAUUUGAUUCAUUAAAAUUUUAAACAUAUUAUAUAUAUAUACAUGACAAGAUACAAUUUGCUAUUGUGUUCAGUAUUUAAAAAUGUUUAAUUUUCAAGAUUGAUAUUGUAAAAAUAAAAUUUUUAUAUAGUAAAAA